GAUGAAGCCCCGCCUAGAAUGUUACACUGAGGGGCCGGGUUCAGCGGUGAGUCCUGAUCUGCUCUGCCUCAGCCCCUAAAUGAACGCCGGAAGCGCAGCAGGCCGGCCUCCGGGGCGCUCACCAGCGCACGCAGUCCUGCCGGUCCCACCCGGAGGAGGGACGCGCUCGCCCGGCCCCUCUCCUCCUCCAGGGCGGCCGCGCUGAGCCGACAGGUCCUCCGGCCUGAGCCGCCCAUGCCAGACAGCCAUCCCGGCCGCGGCCGCCACCGCCCACCGCUCGUCCUCUCAGCCCUCCCGACGGGUAGCAGACAUGGAGGAGCUGGCCAUCUGGGAACAGCACACAGCCACGCUGUACAAGGACCCCCGCCGCGGCUUCGGCAUCGCCGUCUCUGGAGGCCACGACCGGACCGGCGGAUCUGUGGUCGUGUCUGACGUGAUACCCGGAGGCCCGGCCGAGGGCAGGCUUCUCACCGGAGAUCACAUCGUUAUGGUGAACGGUGUCUCCGUCGAAAAUGUCACCUCGGCCUUUGCCAUCCAGAUUCUGAAGACCUGCACCAAGACGGCCAACAUUACGGUGAAGCGCGCCCGCAGGGUCCAGCUGCCUGUCACCCAGGCCGGCCCCUGGCUCUCAGACCAGGAAGAGGCGGACCACGGCCGCGGGUACGAGGGGGACUCGUCCAGCGGCUCGGGCCGCUCGUGGGGAGAGCGCUCUCGCCGCGCCAGGGCCGGGCGCCGCGGCCGCGUGGGCAGCCACGGGCGCCGGAGCUCGGGCGCCGGGUCCGAGGCCAAUGGCCUGGACCUGGUGUCCGGCUACAAGCGCUUGCCGAAGCAGGACGUGCUCACGAGGCCGCUCAAGUCCGUGCUGGUGAAACGGAGGAACAGCGAGGAGUUUGGGGUGAAGCUGGGCAGUCAGAUCUUCAUAAAACACAUCACCGACUCUGGCCUCGCCGCUCGCAGCCGCGGGCUGCAGGAGGGAGACCUCAUCUUGCAGAUCAACGGAGUGCCCAGCGCCGACCUGUCCCUGAGCGACACCCGGAGGCUCAUCGAGCGGUCGGACGGGGAGCUGACGCUGCUGGUGCUGAGGGACCGCGGGCAGUUCCUGCUGAGCCUCCCGCCCGCCGAGAGCGGCAGCGACAGCUCGCUCCUGGAAGACAUCUCGGACCUGAACUCGGAGCUGUCCCAGGCGCCCCCGUCCCACAUCCCCCCGCCGCCCCGGCAGGGUCGCCCGAGCCCUGCGGACAGCCAGACGGACUCGCCCGCGGAGACCCCGCGGCCCCGGAGGCGGGACCGGUCGACGGAUUCCCGGGCAGUCGCCGCCGAGCCAGAGUCUCCUGGAGAAAGCCGCUAUGACAUUUACCGGGUCCCCAGCCGGCAGAGUCUGGAGGACCGUGGCUACAGCCCGGACACUCGUGUGGUGCGCUUCCCCAAGGGCGCCAGCAUUGGCCUGCGGCUGGCUGGCGGCAACGACGUGGGCAUCUUCGUGUCUGGGGUGCAGGCAGACAGCCCGGCCGACGGACAGGGCAUCCAGGAAGGGGAUGAGAUCCUGCAGGUGAACGGCACGCCAUUUCGGAACCUGACCCGGGAGGAGGCCGUGCAGUUUCUCCUGGGGCUGCCGCCGGGGGAGGACGUGGAGCUGGUGACGCAGAGCAAGCAGGACAUCUUCAGGAAGAUGGUCCAGUCCCGCGUGGGUGACUCCUUCUACAUCCGCACACACUUCGAGCUGGAGCCAAGCCCGCCCUACGGCCUGGGCUUCACCCGCGGCGACGUCUUCCACGUGGUGGACACGUUGUACCCUGGCUCGGGGCCAGGCCCAGGGCACGGCAGCCGCGGGGGCCUCUGGCUGGCUGCCCGCAUGGGCAGGGAUCUCCGGGAGCAAGAACGCGGUGUCAUCCCCAACCAGAGCAGGGCCGAGCAGCUGGCCAGCCUGGAGGCCGCGCAGCGCGCCGCGGGCUUGGUGCCGGGUGCCUCCUCGGGCUCCAACCCGCGGGCCGAGUUCUGGCGGCUCCGGGGUCUCCGCAGGGGGGCCAAGAAGACGACACAGCGUAGCCGUGAGGACCUGUCGGUAUUGACCAGGCAGGGACACUAUCCACCCUACGAGCGUGUGGUGCUUCGAGAAGCCAGCUUCAAGCGCCCCGUGGUGAUCCUGGGGCCGGUGGCGGACAUCGCCAUGAAGAGGCUGACGGCAGAGAUGCCAGACCAGUUUGAAAUUGCAGAAAGUGUGUCCCGGACUGACAACCCAUCCAAGAUCAUCAAACUGGACACCGUGCGGGUGAUCGCAGAGAGGGACAGGCACGCGCUGCUGGACGUCACCCCCUCCGCCAUCGAGCGCCUCAACUACGUGCAGUACUACCCCAUCGUCAUCUUCUGCGCCCCCGAGAGCCGGCCCUCCCUCAAGGCCCUGCGCGAGUGGCUGGCCCCCGCCUCCCGCCGCAGCAGCCGGCGCCUGUACGCGCAGGCCCAGCAGCUCCGGAAACACAGCAGCCACCUCUUCACGGCCGUCAUCCCCCUGCAGGGCACCGGGGACUCCUGGUACCAGGAGGUCAAGGCUGUGGUGCAGGAGCAGCAGGCGCGACCCAUCUGGACGGCGGAGGACCAGCUGGAUGGCUCUUCCGAGGACCUCGACCUGCCCGGCCGCGGCCUGGCCGCCAGCUCCGGGGACCUCAGCUGUGACAGUCGGGCCAACAGCGACUACGAGGACACGGACGGCGAGGGCGGCGUCUACACAGACGUCGAGGGGGGUGGGCCCCAGGAAGCGGAAGCCGUACCCCAGGCCCUGGCCCGCUCCUCGGAGCCCACGUGGGCGGAAGGCCCCCAGGCACUGAGGAGUCCCGGGAUGGUCGCGGCCGAGUGGGAGGCGCAGGCCGACAGCCGCCACCCCCGGCACCAGUGGCGCCAGGACAGCAUGCGGACCUACGAGCGCGAGGCCCUGAGGAAGAAGUUCACGAGAGCCCGGGAUGUCGAAUCCUCUGAUGACGACCGCUAUGACUGGGGCCCAGCCACCGACCUGUGACCCCUGAGGUUACCUCUGGCUCUCUGGAGCCUCAGUCUCCCCUAUACGACCCAGAGCUGCUGAUCAUUUAAUAAACCUUUAAUUUUU